GCACACACCACCACUAAGUCUGUGCGGGGAUCCUAAACCAGCCCAAUUUACAUCCAUUCAUGAAUGUGUGACGUCAGCAAGCCUGAGCUCCUCUGCGGUGGGCCGGAGGAUUGUGUGGGUCGAUCUCCCGCCCCCUUAUUUUUCUAAUUCUGCAAGGCUCUGGAGAUCAACCUUCCAUCUUUUUAGAGCGAGAAAACGGAACGGCAUGUGUAGGAAUUCUUCAUUGUUGGUUUGGACUCCCCUCUCGCAUCAGACCUCUCUCACCAUAAUCCUCUGAGUGUCGUCUCAGGACCUGGGCUACCCUCAUGGCACAAUGGCCAGCCCUCAGGAGCACCUGAGCUGCUCCUACUCAUCACACUUACCCUUGACCGAGAACAAAACCUCUAGUGAGCACAAUGAACUUGCAGCUAUGGGAAACCACCCUUCACCCAAGCUCUCCGAGGACCCCCAGGAGAAGGCUAUGCAGCCCGAGCUGCUGGAGAUCACGGGCAGCCCGGUCUCUACAACAGUGCUGACCAGUGUAAGUGAGGAUUCCCGGGGCCAGUUUGAGAACAGUGUCCUUCAGCUAAGGGAGCAGGAUGAAUCGGAGAUGACAGUGUCCCCAGGGAACAGCAGCACGGUGGAUGGAGAGAGCACUAACGGGACUGAAGACAUCAAGAUUCAGUUCAGCCGGUCAGGCAGUGGAGGCGGCGGGUUUCUCGAAGGACUGUUUGGAUGCCUCAGGCCCGUGUGGAACAUCAUCGGGAAGGCGUAUUCCACCGACUACAAACUGCAGCAGCAAGAUACUUGGGAAGUGCCGUUUGAGGAGAUCUCAGAGCUGCAGUGGCUGGGUAGCGGAGCCCAGGGAGCUGUCUUCCUGGGAAAAUUCCGGGCAGAGGAGGUGGCCAUCAAGAAAGUAAGAGAACAAAAUGAGACGGACAUCAAGCACCUGAGGAAGCUGAAGCACCCCAACAUCAUCGCCUUCAAGGGAGUUUGCACCCAGGCCCCGUGCUACUGCAUCAUCAUGGAGUACUGUGCCCACGGACAGCUUUACGAAGUCUUGCGAGCUGGCAGAAAGAUCACACCUCGGUUGCUCGUGGAUUGGUCCACAGGAAUUGCUAGUGGGAUGAAUUAUCUGCAUCUCCAUAAAAUCAUACACCGUGACCUCAAGUCACCAAAUGUUUUAGUGACUCACACAGAUGCAGUCAAAAUUUCAGAUUUUGGUACAUCCAAGGAGCUCAGUGACAAAAGCACCAAGAUGUCCUUCGCGGGGACAGUCGCGUGGAUGGCGCCUGAGGUGAUCCGGAAUGAGCCCGUCUCUGAGAAGGUUGACAUAUGGUCCUUUGGAGUGGUGCUCUGGGAGCUGCUGACAGGGGAGAUCCCCUACAAAGAUGUGGACUCGUCAGCCAUCAUUUGGGGUGUUGGGAGCAACAGCCUGCACCUCCCAGUUCCCUCCACUUGCCCAGAUGGAUUCAAAAUCCUUAUGAGACAGACAUGGCAGAGUAAGCCUCGCAACCGGCCGUCCUUUCGGCAGACGCUCAUGCAUCUGGAUAUUGCGUCGGCAGAUGUGCUCGCUACCCCGCAGGAGACUUACUUCAAGUCUCAGGCUGAAUGGAGAGAAGAAGUCAAGAAGCAUUUUGAGAAAAUCAAAAGUGAAGGGGCCUGUAUCCACCGGCUAGACGAGGAGCUGAUCCGCCGGCGCAGGGAAGAGCUCAGACAUGCGCUGGAUAUUCGAGAGCACUAUGAGCGAAAGCUCGAGCGGGCCAACAAUCUGUACAUGGAGCUGAGCGCCAUCAUGCUGCAGCUGGAGAUGCGGGAGAAGGAGCUCCUGAAGCGAGAGCAGGCAGUGGAAAAGAAGUAUCCUGGGACCUACAAGCGGCACCCUGUCCGUCCAAUAAUCCACCCAAAUGCCAUGGAGAAGCUCAUGAAAAGGAAGGGUGUGCCACACAAGGCUGGAGUGCAGACUAAGCGGCCAGACCUGUUACGAUCUGAAGGUAUCCCCAGUGCAGAAGUAGUUCCCACCGCGUCCCCUCUGUCUGGAAGUCCCAAAAUGUCCUCGUCAAGCAGCAAGAGCCGAUACCGGAGCAAACCACGUCACCGCCGAGGGAAUAGUAGAGGCAGCCACAGUGACUUUGCGGCAAUCUUGAAAAGCCAGCCGGCCCAGGAAAAUGCAUCCCACCCCACCUACCUACAUCACGCUCAGGCUCCGUGCCCUCCUCUCCACCAGCAUAGCCCCCUCCAGCAGCAAUACCAGCAACCCCCUUCUGACCUGCCUCAGAGCCACCACCCCAGACUCAAUAUGCAUGGGCAGGACAUUGCAACCUGUGCCAAUAACCUGAGGUAUUUCGGCCCAGCAGCAGCCCUGCGGAGUCCACUCAGCAACCAUGCUCAAAGACAGAUGCCGGGCUCCAGCCCGGACCUCAUCUCCACAGCCAUGGCGGCAGACUGCUGGAGAGUUCCUGAACUUGAGCAGGCUGGGCCCUGGGGCUGCUGUCAGACCGAAGCCUACGAUCCCUGUCUCCAGUGCCGACCAGAGCAUGCUGGGUCUUUAGAUGUUCCCACCACUGAGCCAGUGGGAAGCGGCCCAGACUGUUCCAGUUCACCAGCACACAAUCCUCUUUCGGGAAACGCCCAAGACUCUGAGAGAAUGGAGGCCAAUGGAUUCAAUGGCUGUCAAUCUAAUAUUUCUCAUCAGUUCACACCCCCAAUACUACCUCAAAAGACACGGCCCCUUCAAAAGAGUGGAGAUGACUCCUCGGAAGAAGAAGGGGAGGUGGACAGUGAAGUGGAGUUUCCUCGAAGACAGAGGCCCCACCGCUGUAUUCGCAGCUGCCAGUCAUACUCAACCUUUAGCUCCGAGAACUUCUCUGUGUCCGACGGAGAGGAAGGGAACACUAGCGACCACUCAAACAGCCCCGAUGAGUCGGCUGACAGACGGGAGGACCGCCUGGCUGAGAAACUAGACGACCUGCUGUCCCAGACGCCCGAGGCGCCCAUCGAGAUCUCCUCCCACUCAGAUGGGCUGUCUGACAAGGAGUGUGCCGUCCGGCGCGUGAAGACACAGAUGUCCCUGGGCAAGCUGUGCGCCGAGGAGCGUGGCUAUGAGAACCCUGUGCAGUUUGGAGAUUCGGACUGUGACUCUUCAGAGGGGGAGUGUUCGGAUGCCACUGUUAGGACCAGCAAGAACUACAGCUCUGCCACUUGGUGACAAGGGCUCUCCGUCAGAAGACGCUGGCAUCGCGAAUCCUCUCCAGCCCUAGACUCCUCCCACCUGCGUUCUUCCAGGAGGAGUGGCCCCGUCCCAGAAACAAGCCACACUGACAGGAACAUGAGAUCAGUCAAAUCUCUGGGAAAAUACCCAAAUGAAGUUGCAUCUCACUGAGCAUUUCAAUCAAGAAUGGCAGGGAUCUAUCGUACUGAAUACUCAAGCUACUGUAACAUUGAUAUUUAUUUUUGUUGGACAUUUUAACACUUUGUAUUGUAAAGAGUGAACUAUAUAUGAUAAUAGAUACAAUAAUUUCUUUACAAAAAAAAAAAAGGAAAGGAAAGGAAAGAGGGUCUUUAGGAGCAACAUUGGAGUUUCUGGGGCUGGGAGGUGUCACUGUCGCUUGAACACGGGACCAGGUCAGGUCUUUUGUCCAUACUUGAAGAGUUGCAAUGAGACAUACUGAACAUUUACAAUACAAGCCAAAAGAUACGCAGCCAUGUUAAGUUCAACGGCUCGUCCAUGUGAGGGAUGGAAAUGACCUAGAAGCUGAGGGAUCCGAUAGCCCCAAAGCCUCGGAGCGCACGCGCUUCCUCUGAGAGGGAAAAGCAAACAGAACUGGAACCGCACAUGUGGAAAUGACUUCACUUCUUAAACACUAAGCUAAAUCUGGCAGUAAAGGUUACAGUAUCAUCAAGUCUUGCCUUUAAAUGCUGCCACUGUCACGACCUCCACCAGCGUGGUCUUUCAGACUCGGGUGCCAUUUCUUCUUCCUUUCCUUCCACCUGUUGGCACUUCUUUCAGGAAGGGGAAAGGGUCUCGAGUGGGACAGGAGGACACUGAGUGGCAUUAGGAAAACAUACCUGUAAAACAUACCAUUCUUCUUCAGGAUGGCCGCGUUCAGCGAUACAAGCAAGAUGGCGCAACCUUUCUCGGGACUCAGGUUGUCUAUCUCCUGGAAUCAUAUUGAUUCACACAGAUGGCAGCUAGGAUGUGUGUGUCCAGUGUCCAGUCCCAAACCACCUUUAUUUUUGUUCUCGAUCUUACUCUAGCUUGGAAGCUUUGGUGGCUGUCUGUCAGCGUAGCAUACAAGGCAAACUUAGCAGCUUGCAGGAAGGUGGCCUGUCUCACCACGUUUUGUUCAAUGCUUCUUGUAAAAUGCGGUCUGUUUUCAUUCUGAACCACUGCAGUUUUGUUUAGGUAGGUUAGGAACCUUGUAGAAGGAGCAGCUGAUGCUAAGCAGGAAUUAGGAUUACUUUAGUAUCUCAAAAGCAUGUGAUUCUUCCUGUGUCCAGAGUCCUGCCUGGGCUAUGAAAAGUACUCCAGGUAAUUUGUGGAGUCUUGGCUUGCAGCAGGAGAGGUCUCGCAGCCUGCUGAGGGCUGGAUUACAGGUGGGCCCCACCAUGCCUGGCUUAAAGAUGUCUUAUCUAGAAUUCGUAUACAUGUGCAUUGACCCGAUUCCUGUCUCCAAUGCAGGCUUCUGCCAAAUCUGAACUUGCUAGAUUCUGACAUUUCAUCCAGUAAGGAUGUUAGGUUUUAAGACAUUCCAACCCCAAUGGAAACGAUGCUCCUGGCUGGGGGUCACUGACUGCAGCAGCCAAAACUGAAAAGCAGGAGGGGACUUAGAGCCGGCCUUCUGUCUGACCUCUCCUUUGUUUACACUUUAUGUUGAGACACUGAUUUUAAAUUUUAGUGUCUAUAAUUUUUAGCUCAUAGGAAGGAUGAAGGGAAAUGUUUAACUUGGAAAGCAGUAUUGUUUUGUUAAAUUAUUCCAUUUUGUAUGAACUGUAGCAGGACUACACAGGAGAGCUUAAGUUAUGACAUUCUUACCCUUGUUGUUUUACUUUAUGUUGUCAUAAUUUUCUGUUGACCAGAAGGUGUGGCUUAUUGUGUAGCACAAUGACUGUUUCUUGCUAACCAUGGAUUGUUAUGGGCUUCUGUGGGCCUAGUGAGGGUCUGGGGAUGGAGCUGUCUGUGGGAUGCCUGGCAUUCCUCAGUGUACUCCCUGGUGGUUUCCCUGGCUUCCUGGAUGUAGCAGCUGCUCUGAGGGGUUGUGUUCUGCCCCCGACAAACAUUGGGUACACUGUGAUGAUUUUGUUUUUAAUUGAUUGUAAAAUCUCCUGAAUGGGCAGAUGACCAAGUUGAUGAACAAAUCGUUCAAAAGUCCCAAAAGUUAUAAACUUUCCCCUCCAAUGUCUUAGAAAUAAAAUCAUGGCACUGAA